GGAGACUAGACACAUGGAUCACUUUUACACAACAUAAAGAAGAGAGACAGAGCUAAAAACUCAUCAAGAACACCUCUAGGACCUUAGUUAUCACAGUAAAUACCAGGGAAACAAACAUGGAUGAUUUUACAACUUUGCCUCUGUCCUCUGGCAACCACAGCAGCCGCACCAACAUCACAUGUUCCCGGGAUAAUGUCCUGAAGACGGUGGUUUUCCCCGUUCUUUACUCCUUUCUCUUUUUGAUCGGACUGACUCUUAAUGGGGUGGCAGUGUGGGUGUUUUUCCGCAUCCCAUCCAAGUCUCACUUCAUCAUCUACCUGAAGAAUAUUGUGGUUGCAGAUGUCAUCAUGACCUUCACGUUCCCUUUUAAGGUGUUAUCAGACUCCAACAUCGCCUCCACAGGCCUGCGUAUAUUUGUGUGUCGGGUUUCUUCAGUGCUCUUCUACCUCACCAUGUACAUCAGCAUCCUCUUCUUCGGCCUCAUCAGCAUCGACCGCUGCAGAAAGACUCUGAAGCCCUUCAGGGGGACUAAUGCAGCCCGACUGACUCGUCGAAAAAUCCUCUCAGGAGCCAUCUGGACGUUUCAACUGAUUCUCUGUCUGCCCAACGUGAUCCUCACGAGUAAAACCCCCGAGUCCCCGUAUUUCAAGUGCAGUGACCUGAAGACAAAGGCUGGGCUGUACUGGCAUGAGGUGGUGAAUUAUGUCUGCCAGGUUGUGUUCUGGAGCAACCUGGUGACGGUAGUCGUUUGUUAUACUCUGAUCACUAAGGAGCUGUACAGAUCAUACUCCCGCACUAAAUCCCAGGGCUCUAGAGGGACUGUGUGUAAAGCACCGAGUGGAGGAACGGUCCGAAAGCCAGGACAGGCUAAAAGAAAAAUGAAUGUAAAUGUGUUCCUGGUGCUGGCGGUGUUCUUUGUGUGCUUUGUGCCGUUUCACUUUGCUCGUGUGCCGUACACAAUGAGCCAGACUCGAGUGGUUCUCUUUGACUGCAAACUUAAGCUCUUCUUUUUUCAGCUGAAGGAAAGCACGCUCUUCCUCUCAUCUUCCAACUCUGUUCUGGAUCCUCUGAUCUACUUCUUCCUCUGUAAGUCGUUCAGGACCACUCUGUUCAAGAGCCUGAGACUGCCGGCUGGAACCUGCAGCUGGUUGCUAAAUAGGGGAUCAGAGAAUGACACAGACAGCACCCCUAUGAGAGACUCCUCUGUGCAUGCAUAGGGCAACUGAUGCUGAUAAAGACUUUUUACAGAGUGGUUAAAGACAUGGUAAUCUCAUCUGUAAAUCCGCGUUAGGCCGUUCACAAACAAGUCCCUACACCCUUCUCCCUAUGUACUUCUACUCUUGCGUGGAGGGCCUGCCAUAUGAAGUGCCAACAAAACUUUAUGAGACACCUCUAAAUAAGGAUAAAAUCCCAUUAUCAUACAGAUGUAAAUAAGUCAAAAACACAACAAAACAUUAUAUACAGGAUCUAACUGAUAAGUGCCCGCCUUGAAAACAGUAACUGUGUUUAUUUAAAUAUAGUGUUGCAUAUUUGAAGGGGACAGAAGAAAUCUUGCUUCUUAUAAAGCUUAGAUUGAGAACAAUAACAUCUAAGAAAAAAUAAAUUCAAACUAAAAA